AUGUUGCAGAAUGCAGUGGAAUCAACAGAUCUGUCGAAGUUGUCGUCCUUGUCUAAGGAUGAUAGCUGGACAGUGUUCACUCAGAUCAUUGGUGAGGACAUAAAAGGUUUGGACUCUGAAUUAUUGGAAGUUGGGAGAGAGAUUGUGAAUAAAUGUGGUGGGGUGCCACUUGCAAUUAAAGUUCUUGCAAAUGUCCUUCGUGGCAAGACACGUAUAGAACAAUGGAAGGCCGUGAGAGACAGUAAUCUACUAGAUGCUGAGGAUAAAGAGCAUAGAGUAUUAGCAAGCUUGAUGUUGAGCUAUUCCCAUUUACCAUCCCAUCUGAAACGGUGCUUCACAAUAUGUUCAUUGUUUCCUAAAGGCCUUCCGCUCGAUAAACAACAAUUGGUUGACCAAUGGAUUGCUCACAAUGUGAUUAGUUUGACUCAUGGUUACAAUUGCUUGGAGGAUGUUGGCGACGAGUGCUUCAAUUCACUUGUGCAAGUUUCUUUUCUCCAGGAUGUGAAGGAAUAUUUUGGGAGAGUGUGUUGCGAGAUGCAUGAUUUGCUUCAUGAUCUUGCCAGAUGCAAGCAGUUCCACAAAAUACCCCAGAUACUUUUACCAGAUUCAAUUGGUGACUGUAAUAUGCUUUCAAGCAUUUAUCUUUGCCAGUGCAUGGAGCUUGCAGCCUUGUCAAAUUCUAUUGGUAGAAAUAAAAAGCUAAGAGUUCUUAAACUAGAUCAUACCAAGAUUAAGGAGCUACCAGUAGUUAUAACAAAAUUGAGAAAUCUACAAUGUUUGAGUCUACGUAAUUGUUAUAGGCUGGUAGAGUUGCCCAAAGGCAUCGGAAAUUUGGAUAAGCUUCAAUUUUUGAACCUAGAAUAUUGUGUGCAGCUAGUAGAGCUACCUAAAGAAAUUAACAACUUGGAGAAGCUUCAAGUUUUGAACUUGGAAAAUCGUGGGGAACUGGUAAAUCUACCUGAAGGCACUAGCAAGUUGGAGAAGCUUCAAGUUUUGAACCUCGAAGGCUGUAGGAAGCUGGUAGAGCUGCCUGAUGGCAUUGUCAAGUUUGAGAGGCUUCAAGUUUUGAACCUGAAAGAUUGUGAAGAAUUGAGAGGGAUGCCUAUAGAGCUCGCAAAUGUAGGUAGGAAUAGUGAAGGUCUAAUUAUCAGAGGUAUUUCACAUGUGUUGGAGAAAGAUGAUGCACAUAAGGCAUGCUUGAAAGAGAAGACAAAUUUACAGAGGUUGAAGCUAGAAUGGAAGAUGCGUCAGAAAGGUGAGGUGAACACUGAGUUUUUCUUUAAUGAAAAGGUGGACACUAUGUUGGAGGAGGCUGUACUUGAUGGCCUAGAACCGCCAGCUGGGAUUAAAGAGCUAGAAAUUUGUGGGUACUCAGGCGAGAAAUAUGCAUGGUGGAUGCAGAAUCAGGUUGUUGGUACUGAAGUAAAGGGGCAAGCUUGCUUCCAAUUUUUGAGGGCGAUGAAGCUAUCUGAUUUCCAAGGAUUGAAGCAUCUACAAGGGCUUGUGGAACUUCCUUGUCUGGAGGAGCUUGAGCUGCACAAGAUGCCUUCUCUUGAGAGCAUAAGCUGUGGCCCAUUUCCUUCACUGGGUAUAAAAUGCCUCACCACUCUGAAGAAAUUGGUGAUCAAGAAGUGCCCUGAUCUGGCGAGGCGCUCCGAGGAAGGAAAGGGGAAGGACUGGCACCUCAUUUCCCACAUCCUUGAUGUGUGGAUUGAUUGA